UCUCUGUGAUGGUGUGACACUAUCAUAUGAGUUCAAUUCCAUGUUUGCAAGAAAACCCACAAAAUAAAAAGUGUUACUGUUGUGUACAAUUUUUUUUUUUUCUGCAUGCUAAAAUCUGUCACUGUCUGGCUAUUCCAAGCCUCGCUUGAGCACCUUCCUUCGAAUACAUGCGAAAAGGAGUAUUUGUAGACAAAGGAUCAGGCAAUGGCCGGCCCUGUAGAUUAACUUUUACAGUUUUGUUCUGUCCCAAACAAAGAAAGACAAAGAACAUUUGGGAGGGUCCCCAACAGUAUUCUGGACAAAAAUUUCUGCUUCUAAAAAUGGAAAGAAAUUCUGCUGAAGAGACAUGGGAAUAUUCUAACUUCCAUAAGGAGGAAGAGGAAGAGGAAGAAGAAGCAUUAUCGCUUUGUGAUUUGCCAGUAAAUUUGAUCAAAGCAGAGACCCAAUCAAGUAAAGAUGGUGCUCAAGAAACUGAGGCUAGUCAAGAAGAUUUCGAUUUCGUCCCCUGGGGUGGCUCUCUUUCUACAAGUUCAGAAAUGUGCGCAGCUGAUGAUAUAUUCUUUCAGGGCCAAAUUCUCCCAUUUCGUCUAUCAGUCAGUUCUGAAAGUGGUCUUAACAAGUUAAGGCAGGACAGCUUGAACCCAAGCCGAAGCUUAUCAAGGUCAGAAUCCAUGGACCGCGGUUCAAUAGGAGGGUUCACAAGUUUCAGCAGCAGAAGCAGUAGCAGCAGAAGCCAAUUCUCAUCAAGUAGCACCAGCUCUCUCACUACCAGCACAAGAAUUUCAAAGCCAAGAAUCCAAAAUCAGUUACACACCCACCCAAGUCCCAAGCCCCAAAUCAGACUUUCCAGCACCUCACUGGGAAAUGCUGGCAGUAACAGGAACAGAAAAUCAACAAUAUGGGAUUUUUUUAGAUUGGGUUUGGUCCGUACACCAGAAAUUGAAUUGCAAGAUCUCAAGGUUCGUACAUCCGUUAGUAGAAACAGCAGUUCAAGUAGCAGUAACAGCAACUCCAGCAUCAGAAUUAGUAGUAACAGUAGAGGCAGAAUCAGUAGCAGCAAAAGCCAAAGCCAAGGGGAGAACAUGGAGAAACAGAGAAAACAGAGUUUCUUGGAGAAAAGAUCAGGAGGGUUAUUAAGUGGGUGUAGUUGUACAGCUAGCGCAGUGAAAUCAGUUCCAUUAAACAUAAUCAUCAUUAAAAGCAGUAAUAGUGGCGGAAAUAGCAAUAACGACAAAAGCAAAGAAAAAGACUCAGCAGAGGAUAUGCCACAAGAAUUAAAGAUAAAGUAUAAGAACAAAGUGGUGGAAAAGCAGCAGCAGCAGAAGCUAAAACAGCAGGGAAAGCAAGCAAUGUCAAGUCGUCGAACGUUUGAGUGGAUAAAGGAGCUUUCACAUGCGAGCUUUCUUGUUGAUCAUGAGGAGGAGGGCCUAGACUCGUGAAUAAUGAACAAUCUCUCCGCAUGCUUUGUAUUCUUUUUUUUUUAUUACCAUUAUCUUGUUUUUUCUUGCACCCUCUUUCUUUUCUUAUUCUUUUUUGAGUUCUUUUUCCUCGUCAAUUUGAAUCAAGUAAUUUGAUAUUAUAAUAAUGUUAUAAUCACUGAUUUCCAGAA